AAUCGAAUACCUACAUGAAAGGCCGUGCAAAUUGACGAAAUUUUCCCGAAUGUGUAAGUUUUAUUUUAAUACCACCAAUACCUGAAAUUUCAACAAUUUUAGCAAAUUUCAUCACGUAUGGUAUCGGAUUCAUUCACCUUGCAACAAGUGUUCAACGAAAAACACGUGUUUGAACAAUAGAAACUUCUACAGGAAACGUCAGUGGAAUGAAAUGGUUUACUUUGUUGGGGUUUUUCGUUGGAGAAACGGAAUUGUUUUACGCAUAAGUUGUUAAAGGAUGAGCUGAAAAUUAUAAUUUUGCGGUUUUUUCGGUAAGGCUAGUUUGCGCCUGUCAGUAUACUUUUCCGGCCAUUUUAUAGGUUUAUAGGAAACUCCGCUGACAUCUUUGAAUGUUCGGAAGUUGGUGGAAAAAAGAAGAAAUGUUGAAGCUACUUCUAGGACAUUGGCAGGCCCACAGAGAGCCUCUCCCCUUCGUCCUUACUGAUGAUCCUUUAUACUGUAGUCAUCUCACCAAAUCCCCAUUUCCUGAAGUCUAUUCCGUCAACAGGGUUAACCCUAUAUUUGAGGACGAAGAAGAGGACACUAAGAGCGUCUCCUCAUCCAUCCAUUUAAAAAGAUCCCUCAGCGAAGAGAGGAGAGAAAACGAAACAAGAGCUUCUGAUGAUACUGGUUAUUCCUCCUGCAGUCAUCCAAAAAGUCUGACCACAGCAGGAAGCCUGACGGACGAUGUCGUUUCUUUGGAAGCACGACACAUGAGCUCCGAUUCUGAUGAAUGCUCCCAACCAGAAGCAGUAAUCGUAUCGGCUGACGUUCACCGUGUUUCGUACCCAGAGGACGUGAUUGUACUAUCUUCGUCAAACUCUUCCAAUUGUAGUCAGACCUUCAGUGCCAAUUCAUACUUCGGAGGCAGCAGCGAAUCGUCACAAGAUCCCUUCGACAGUUUAACUAUGUCAAGUACGGUGACAGAAAACGUUACCAACAACGAUUACUUGCCGAAAAAAGAAGUGAAAAUACCAAAUUCAGCAGUCAGGGAAAGGUUGCAGAAACUGUUGGAAAGAGGAAACGAUCGCCCUGAAGAAGUUUUUCUAGAUUCUCUUGAAGUUAAACCCCCCGUGGAACCGGACAUGGAAAAAACUAAAACUGAUCUAAUGAAGUCCCUUACCAGAGCCCUCAACACCAAAGUGCCAAAUAGAAGCAGUAAUUUACCGCAGUCAAAUAAUUCAGUCACUCGCACCGACAGUGCUUUAGACUUAAACGACAAAUCUCUUGAUCGUAGGAGUACCACUAGUUCUACCACACCAAAGACAUUAAACUUCUCAAACAAAUCUACCUCGAACGGAGUUACUCGCCAAGAUGAUUCAAGUGGUUCAAGUUCGAGUAGUUACUUAAAGCCACGAAAAUAUCAACAACGUGCCACUAAACACAAGGACCAUAAACGAGAAAGCACUUCAAGCACUCAAGAUUCUUCAGAUUCGAAGAAAUCCCAUAAAUGCAAAUUGUGCGAAAAUGUUCACAGGCCCUUAGCCUUUCACCAAUUGCUCCCAGGUCACUGGAGUUACGACAAUGUUUAUCUGCCCCAAAUUCCAAGAGGUAUGUGCUGUUCGUGCAUGCAUCGCCACUCUUUUCCACAUUCAUCUGAUGAUGACGUUUUUUACCCUAUAUAUUACCCUCCAGAUAUAGCUAGAGCAAGACAUUCAUGGGCGCCAUAUCCUAGUUCCCAGAUGCAUCUGGACAGCGCGGGAAAACAUCACAAAUCCUCAGAAGAUCGAAGUACGUCAACAUCCAGUAAAGAAAAUUCCAAAGAUAGCCCAAGGUACUCGCCGGAUGGAAGUUCUCGAGAACACGAGAGCACAGAUUCAGGACAGCUUAAAAAGUCGUUAUCAGAAAGACGAUCCUUGAGAGAACCUAAAAAAUGCAAGUGCGAACACUGCUUGGCAUCAGUACUCGACAAAGACAAGUCGCAUUUGGCGUCCCACUCCUGCCCCUGCUGUUACAUUCCUCAUCGAAGAGUGAAAUUCGCUUCUGACACAGAUCUUUCUCAACACAAGCAUAUACAUCCACCUCCUCUCCGUCUUGGAAAGGAUGUCGAUAAACUAAUUAAAGGUGAACCAAUAAAUGCGGCUUUUGUAAUGAAUUUGCCACACUUAAACAGUCAUGUCAUAAAUGGUGGUCAAAUUACAAAGGAAAAUGGCUCAAAAAAUAAGAAAGCCCCACAAAUAGUGCCAAGAGGAUUAAAAGAACCCAUAAAGAUGGAUGAACUUUACAGAACAUAUCCAAUAAAUUUCAGAGAAUGGGAAGCACAUUACAGACGCAGUUAUCUUCAAAAAAGAAGAAAAAGGGCUUUGAAUAUGGUUGGCAUGGCUAUAGGCAUCAUAUUAGUUGUUGGCAUAGCAGUGGCACUGACUUUUGUUUUUCUUCGAAUCAAACGUCCUGCAUGAUAAAGACUAUACUUAGGAAAUAAUACAAAUUAAAUUGAAUAUUUCAAUGCAAAUAACUUACCAGUGACUAUGUGGACUUCAUUAAAUUAUUAUAUUCCAAUCAAUGUGAUUCUCUUUUGUAUAACUCUCGUCAAUUAGAAGAUAGUGAUGAUGUUAAGGCUGCUUCUCGAAGUCAUCAUACAGAAUAACGCUAUUUAAAGAAUACUGUGACUGUUUAGCCUAACUUUAGUCAGCGUCUUCUGCAUUAAUUGAGAAAAUGGCGCAAAAGUCACUUUUAUUGUGAAACUGAAGAGCAUUUGCGAUGUAUUUUUUUUAAUAUCAUUUUUGAAAUGUUACUGCAAUGCUGCCAGGUACAUAAAGAUUUGCAAGAUUUAAGAAUUAUACGUCAAUUUAAAAAAAAUUGUCACCCAGGUGAACAAAUUUUGUCAAAGUGGAGCGAUUUUUUAAAUAUUUAAUUUAUUAAAGAGCAGAUAAUUCUUUACAAGAUGAUAUAUAACUUUUAAAAUUACAGCUUUGCUUCGAGUUCAAGGCAAAUGGUGGCUAUUUUUUAAAAUUUUAUUUAGUUAAAGAGCUUUGGAAAACACCUUUAAUUCAUAGUUCUUCAAUGCCUUUUAAAGGAAUUAAAUGGGUUUAAAAGGAAAACAAAGUCAUAUUUAUUUUAAUACCAUAAGAGAAAAUAUUUCAUUUAAACUUGAAGCACAUGCAAAAAACUUUUGAACAAUGUUUUUAUACAAUUUCUAAAAAAUUCUGCUAAUUUUUAUUGGUGUUCAGAGGCUUCUUAUAUAAAAAAAAAGAAUCUUAUGGUGGUCAGGAUACUUUAGGAUACAAAAUUUCCACUCGUCAGUUCGCCAUUAGCAAUCAAAUGUUUAACACUGUCAAAUCAAAUUAAGUUUGUUUCUUGUGUCUCAAUCCAGUGACGCACGGAAGUCAAUGGAUGACAUUUAUCUACCGUUUGGGACAAAAAUGACCCAGUCACACACUUUCUCACCUACAAAAUCAUUGUUUUUGAAACUUUAUGGCAACCGUGUUUAGUCAUGGUAGUAAAUAUGUUUAGAUUUUUAAAUUUAACAUUUUUUUAUACUUUCGGUCACAAAAUUUUUUUUUAAUACUAGUACAGAA